AUGGCAACCUAUGUGUUAUCGUUUAUCAAGCUAUUGUUAACAUACUUCCACGAUACCAUCUUCAAUGAAACCUCUCAUUUCGACGCGAUCGAAUCGCGCAAGAAAGGAAGUCCUCAGAUUGAACAGAUCUAUUCUGCGACUGCCUGGAACCUAAACCUAACCCUAAUGCUACGGCAAAGCUAUGCAAUGCUGAAUUCAGAUCAGCCUUGUGGAGUGUCCACCAAACCAACAUAUGGUCGUGAUAGCUCUAUAGUUGCUCCAGCUUAG